CAGGGCUUCUCCCCGACUAGGGCGGAGCGCGGCCGGGCGGCGGUGACCCGGUAUGUCGGCCUUCUCGGAGACGGCGCUGGAGCGGAAGCUGUCGGAGCUCAGCAACUCGCAGCAGAGCGUGCAGACGCUGAGCCUCUGGCUCAUCCACCACCGCAAGCACUCGGCGCUCAUCGUCAGCGUGUGGGAGCGGGAGCUGCGCAAAGCAAAACCAAAUAGGAAGCUGACGUUCCUGUACUUGGCCAAUGAUGUUAUACAGAACAGCAAAAGGAAAGGACCAGAAUUUACAAAAGAUUUUGCUCCAGUAAUAGUGGAGGCUUUUAAACAUGUUUCAAGUGAGUCUGAUGAGAGUUGUAAAAAACACCUUGGCAGAGUACUCUCUAUCUGGGAAGAAAGGUCUGUUUAUGAGAAUGAUGUGUUAGAACAACUUAGACAAGCUUUGUAUGGAGACAGAAAGGUCAGGAAGCGUACUUACGAACAGAUAAAAGUUGAUGAAAAUAACUGUUCACCUCGAGGUUCUCCCACUGAUCCUCCACAGACAACAGAUCUUAUUAGAGCAUUACAAGAACUAGAAAACGCUGCCUCUGGAGAUGCAGCAGUUCAUCAGAGGAUAGCUUCUUUGCCUGUAGAGGUCCAGGAUGUUUCACUGUUAGACAGAAUAACAGAUAAAGAAUCUGGGGAACAACUUUCCAAAAUGGUAGAUGAUGCAUGUAUGUUGCUGGCGGAUUACAAUGGCAGGUUGGCAGCUGAAAUAGAUGAUAGAAAACAGCUAACUCGAAUGUUAUCAGACUUUCUGCGAUGUCAAAAAGAAUUCCUUGCAGAGAAAGAACAAAAGCUGGAAGAAUACAAGCGCAAGCUAGCCAGAGUGUCCCAAGUCCGGAAGGAGCUCAGGUCACGCAUCCAGAACCUGCCUGAUCUCUCACGACUCCCCAAUGUCACAGGCAGCCAUGUACACCUCCCUUUUGCAGGAGACAUCUACAAUGAUGACUGAUUGUAAGAAUAUCCUUCCAUAAUCUCUACUUUUUCUGUGAAAUGAGGGGUAGGUCAGACUGGUUGGUACUCUUGUAGUAUUAUUUUUGUAUAUUGUUGGAGAGUGUCAGUAAAAAUACUCUGAAUAAUUUAUAAAAAAAAUGGUUUAAAAAGUUGAUUUGUUUGCUAUUUUAUUGGCAAGUGAACAUAAGGGUACAUUUAUAAAAGAGUGGCAUCUCUGACUAUUGCAUUAAAGAGUGAGUAAUUAUCUUAUAUUUUGUACAGAUGUUUGCUGGGUACCCUGUAAAAAAAACUGGUAAGAUUUUUCUUAUGUACCCUAUAUUUAAUGUAGAUCAAUAUAUAAUCAAAGCGUACUUUGAGGUAUGCUUUUAAGUUGACACAUUUCAAUGACUAGUGAGGCAUUGAAACGCUAUAGAACAUAAACAUGGAAAUCACAACCUUAUGUUUGCCAGAAGGUUAUUGCAAUUUAAUGCAAAGUCUAACGUAAUCUCACUGGCUAUUAUGUUAAACUUACCCACUUCCAAAACAAGGCAGGUGGCUUAUUUUAAAAUAAAUGUUCCAAUUUUAUUUUGGAAAUCUUAAAUCAUGUUACUGUAAGCAUAUCCUUAAAGGACUCAAAAUGUUGCAAUAUUUUAGUUUUUAAACACAGCACAAAAAAUACACAACUGACUAUUUUAAUUAGUUAUCACAAUAGCAACUUUUCUUUUUAUAACUGCUUAGUUUCCUAGUUGAGGGACCAUACAUUUGUACUCUAAGCUCUUUCUGGACACUCGUCUCCAUCUAAAAAAGUUGAUCCCAGAAAUGUGAAGCCAUUUUACAACUUUUAAUUAAAGAAGAAGGUCAUUCUCUAAACUAUUCCUAUUGUUAAAUGUCUGUUAUUAAAAUUUAACAAUGAUAUAUACUAUUUAUCCGUUCAACAACAUGAUGCAACCGUGCUGUGGAGUAGCCAUGUGGUAGCUUUGGGUCAAAUCAUCCUUUUCCACUGAGGAACACAGGAGGCCAAUGUGAGCUUACCUCCCACUGCUCCAGCAAACAUUUCUAGAUCUCCAUCUUCUUCUCUCAGAGGGAAGAUAGUUUCAACCUGCAUAUGAUUUAAACUGAAGAAGUAUAUUACUGAAUAGGUAUUUUUAAAAAGAUCCUUUGCAUGGCACAUGCAAAUGUUAUGUUUGUCUACAGAAAGCUAAAUUUGUCAAAAUUACUUAUAACUGUACAAAGUGCCAGCAUUUAUGUUCAUUGAAAAGCCUAAAGAUGAAGAUAGGUACCUAGUGGAUUGCCAGAAAGCUUAGGCUUUUAUUUUUUUUCCCCAAUCAAUUGUAAUUUGGCACUUAAGUAUUUAGAAAUGAUUUUUAAAUUGUCUGCACUUUCUGGCAUUUAAAUGACCUUUAAAGAAUUAGGUUGGAAGUAUUUCAGUUGAAUAUAUCAUCUGACUAUUUAAUGAUAACAUUUUAUUCAUGGUUUUGCAUUUGUCAGGCAUUGUUUUGCAUCGGUUAAGUUCAAGGUUUACAAAUUUAAUGCUCCUCACAUGAAAGCAAUUUUUACAGGAAGGAUAUUCUACUAUGUAAAAAAUUACAAUCCCUAGAAUACUUAUUGGAUAUGAACAAAAGAUAAUAUUUCUCUUUAAUAUGGUUUUAGUUCGAGAUAAGUAUCUCAGUCCAAUUAUACCUUCUUGUGGGAGGUGUCAUGAAUUAUACCUCUGAGUAAAAAAACAGAAAGAUAAAAACACAAACUGUUGCCAUACCAUUCCUUCUUCCAUUCAAAGUUUGAUGUUACCCAGCAGUUAAAGGAGGUGUGGAUGUGUAGACUAAAAUAAAUAAAUAAAUAAAAAAGAAAAGGGUAUUUGCAAAUAGAAAGAAAGCCCACAUCCUCCAUAUUAAAUCUUUGGGCUUCUAUCUGCCAGCAUCCAGACUGCUGCUGCUGUGGUCAGUAAAUAUAUAUGUGAUUCAACAAUGUCCCAAGGUUUUCCCUAGCUUUGCCCAUGGGAAUUUAAAAGAGAUCAAUGUUUGUUUUUUCCCCGAAGAUUUUUUAAAAAUAUUGAUGCAAUUGUAGAAUAUUAAUUUCGUUAAAAAAAAAAAUCUGAUUGACAGGUAGGAAUGCUGAAAAUAGUUCAUGAGCGCUUGCUAGCCAUCCAAAGAUUUGUAGCAGUUCUGAGAGGCAAAUUCCUACACCACAGGAAAAAAAUGUUAACCAUAAAUACUCCAGGAGAGUCUUUGAGUCUAAGAUGUAAAAUGAAGUGAAAUCUAUUGUCAUCUUUUCAUGAUAAGAGAAUGAAAUGCAGAUAUAAUUUUUAUGCUUUAAACACUUCUGGUAUGGUGAAACUUAGGUAUAUAAAUUUAGAUAUGCAUGUAUGUGCGUCACAGCUGCAGUUAAAGUUUACUCUUGCCAGAAAAUAGCACAAAAUUUGUGCUAAAUAUUAAAACAGUUUACUUCAUUAAGAAUGGUAAAACAAAUCAUAAAAUGUGAAAGCUCACUAGUCAUUUCCUGGUUGAAUCCCAUCCAUGGAAAUUAGUACCCAGGGUUAUAACAGUUGUGGUGUCAUGGCUAACUUAAGAGUCCACUGAAGGAUCUAGUCCUUGGAUAUUCAAAACUGGGGUGAAUAUGUUACAUUUAUACAAUUGUUUGCUACCUUAACUUAAAACAGUGAUAUAAAGUUAAGUGCUGAAUUGCCUUGAUCUCUCAAGAGCAGUAAAUACAGCACAACAGAGUUGUUUUUCAUUUUCAUAGCUAUUAGUGAUAAUGUUGCUUAUCUACAGACAUGUAGAAUUGCUAAAAGAAUGAGGAAAAUCUCACCUUUUUCCUGAUGUAUGUAAGUUUUAAUUUUGAGAAAGUGCUAUUUUGUGUAUAUAUUUUAUUUGAUUUACUGUGAAAUUGUUUACUUCAAGGAAUGUUUAAUACU